CCAGACCCCCUCCUUUGAUGCCGUCCUUUCACUAUAGAACGCUCAAUACCCCACGUCCGCUACAUUUUGAAGACGCGUAGGUUGUGGAACAUUUAAAUAGAUGUAGCCCGAGCCGCGAGCUAGUCGUGGACUGGAUACUUCUGUUCAUAAUGUAAAUGAUCCCCGUGUCCUCCACGCGUGUUGAAAUUUGUUCACGCAGCGCGCAGUUUCCAUUUUUCCCACACAACUUUCAUCUGCUUGGACCCGUCCAUCGGCCGGAUACAUAUUUGUACAGAUGACCUAAACAUCCAGUAAGUCACUGACAUGACACACAUACAGUAGGUUGACAGUUUGUCCACAUUUAUGCCAUUGUUUGCUCUACUAAUGCUGUUUGAGCAUAUGUGCUUUGGUAAUUAUUUUAUAGACACUUUUUAAAGUUACAACAUCGAAAUCUUCAAGUAAACAAAUAAAACAUUUCUACAGGUAUCACAUUUCCAUAUUUGCUUGCUACUUAGUAGGCUACACUGCACUGUACUAGGCUACAAACUUAAUACUGUUUUUCUUCCUAUUCAAUUUCUGUCACAAUUAUGUUCUUCUGUUACCUUUUGACAAUCUUUUUUUUUUUUUUAAUCCUCGGGGAUUAAUGGUUUCGGUUUAAUGCCGUGGGAAUGGAAGUCAUGUGGAUUCUGCUCUCAGAUCUCGAGUUCUUCACAUUCCGUCCUGUGAAUGAAACCCAGGAGAUUCGGAUUGGAACAGGCUAAUUAUUCAUAGAUUUCAUCUCCGUCACUCGGUCGCGUCAAACCAUUCUUAUGAACCGUUCUCAAGCCGCCCUCUAUCGGCGUCGUCAUAGUGGUGCCCUAAAGUGGUUAUAAACCCAGUCAGUCAUUCUGGAUGGAGGUAACUACUGUUUUGUCUAAAUUACACUAUAGUGCCUGGAAAUACGAUGACAUUGCAAAAGUAGUCAAAUAUGUAGUAGGAAACUACUUUGCCAGCAUUAUCAUGUAUUCGAAUAUACUUUAGACAGAUGGCAAUGUUGUCAUUAGCUAGCAAAGUUAGUCAAUACUGCAUCUAAAGUCAAUUUGGUGACAUCAAAAUUGACAAAAGGUUUUCCUACUAAUAAUUUGCCUCCUUUUGAAUGUCAUUGUAUUUCCAAGCAACUGUAAAGAUUGCAGUCAGAGUGCAGUAUCACUGCAGUAUGCUGCAAAUACUACAUCCAAAAUAACACUGUUUUUUUUACUGUAGUAAUUUUGUAGUGUAACUGCAGUUAGAGUGCAGUAUAACUGCAGUUCCACUGCAGUACAUUGCAGCUAUUCUGCAAUUACUGCAUCCAAAAUACCACAGCUGACUGCAGUUACAGACUUUUACUGCAGUUUAAAAACUGCAAUAUGUUUUUGUAAGGGCACUCAUUGACGAUGCAUUGUGUAGAAUGCUCAGUCGGGCAUCAAUCGGUUCAAAACGAACGUUCAAACGAAUAUUGUGACGAAACAUGCAACCCAUGAUAUUCACGAUAGUCACGUCUAUUAUAGGCAUUGGUUGAAGCUUGGUGUUAAAUUAAAAUCUCCCUAUCAUCAUAUCUAAGCCAAUAUGACACCAAUCUCGAUGAAAACUCAACGUGAUUGGAGGUACAUAACACACUCCCCGCCUAUCGUCAUCAGCCGUCCGUCAAUUACCGAGAACCACAUACCAGAUUUUUUUAGCAAUUGAGUUUUAAGAGUAUUUCUUGCACCUACCUAGCUCAAAUUCUAGAGGUCGGAUUAAAACUAGACUAUAGCGUCCAUAAAGUGACCAUUGGAUUAAAAAAAUGCCGGAUUGACUAAAUUUGUAGGUGCAACAGUUUUUUAUAAAAUGUAUAAUUUAUCCCUCUCACGUGCACAUUUCCGUCCGUUAAGAAACAACGAUGUGCUACGAUGUGUAGGAUUUCUGACAAUGCUAACAUAUUUUUUAGCCGUCGUCGCUCGACAACAACACAGCUGCUUGCCCCAUGAUGCCAGUCAUAAGAAGUGUAUGCGAACAAACCUAGGCUACUGUAUAUAGCUAGCUACAUGGUGGUAUUCAAGCUGAGGUUAAUCAAUAAAUGCAAACAGAGAUUAGCUAGGUAGCUAACUUGCUAACGUUACCUAGCUAAUGUUAGCUUGCGUGUACAAAGUCCAGCAGCUAGCCUCUGUAGCUAGCUAACAUCAGUCAGCUGAAAGCUGGCUAGCUAACGAACAGGCAAAUAAAGGUAGCUAGCCAAUGAAUGUGAUUUUGUUUUGAUUAGCUAGCUAGCUAGCUAACAUAAUGUUAUACCAAUCACAUGAGAGCUAACGUUGGCUAGGUAGCUAACCAACAAGCGAGGAAAGCUAUCUAUCUAUAUUUUGCCAAGUAAGGUACUUCUCACAUAAGGCUGAAGUCAUCAUGUGUAAACUGCUGAUCUAGACACUUGCGUAUAAUCGGAGCACAAAAAAAUAUGCACAAAUAAACUCAACUGGCUUACCUGGUUAAAUAAAGGUUAAAUAAAAAUAAAUAGUUAGUUAACAUUAGUUUUGUUAAGUUUAAAACCACCAAACAUUAGGAAACUGCCACGCUGAUCACGUUCAUUUGCAUUGCACAGACCAAAUGACAGUAACGUUAAGACAAGGUUUGCCAGAUUUCAGACAGGACAAACACUGCAGUUAGCUAUGCUACAUUUCCUCGACUAAGAACAUCCAAGACCACAACACAAACCAUAGCUGAGAAAACAAAUUGCUUUGUUAAGAAACAGUAAAUUAGCUAUGUUGAACCGCAUAUAGUAAAUGGUUGAAACCAAAAUGCACAUGUAAACAGAACCUCAGUUGUGCAUGCUUACCAGACUGACAGCACGUGUCAAAUAAAUUCAAGCUCCGGCAUAAACUCCCUCUCCUGCUGUCUUGACAUUUAUAAUCCAAAUGUGUGCUGAGUGAUCAACACGGUGUCAAAUAAAUGUUCUGUGUGUUUACAGACAAUCUGAAAUCGCCAUCCACAAGUAAAUUGUAGUCGGGGUGCUCCACACUCUGCACCAGGUUAAAAUGACAACAUCAGAAUCAUUGCUUGCUUAUUUGACUUGCUGUUUGAGAAGGUUUGAAUCCUAAGCAACCUGCCUAUACAUAGUUUGAAGGAGAAUACCAACAUAGCUAGUGUAGUAGGUCAAAGCUAUGUGCUGGAAAACCUUGGUAGAGCAUGGGUGGAAUAGGCAUUGUGGUGCUCAUGUGAAUUCCAUUAAUUUUUUGGCUUCAGACCAAUGCCUAUUCUCACUUAAAAUGUAGUUUCUUGUUUUUAAUAAUGUUUAAUUGAUCAGCAAGACCACACAGUCAACUCUAUAGGAGUACUAGCCAAACUCUGACUAUCAAUACAGAAUGUCUUACUUAGUCAGCGUAUACACUACAAUUAAGAGGAACUACCAAGGGUGUUUCAGGUGUUUCCAGACAUGUAAUUCCAGUAUGUUGAAAUGCCUUAAUCUAUGAUGAUGUCUCUGUUCCUGUCUGCCCAGUCUCUGAAAUUAUGGAGAAAAGACAAGCUGAUUCACGGACCACUGUGGUGGAGGACCAAAACACAUGGCAUGAGCUAGCUAUAAUGGACCCAGUGGACAAACCACACCUGGUUCACAAGGUAAAACACACCCAUUGCCCAUGUCAGUGAAUCAGGCUAAGCUCUCUGAUGAGUAGGAAAAGCACUACACAAUGGCCGCCGAGGGGAAUAUGCUGUGUGAAUAGGGGCACUUUGCUUAAAUAAAAGUUGUCCUGCUUACCCUGUUGCUGUUAUUAGUCAUUUCAACUGGUUGUGACUCAGACAGAAUGUGAAGUGUUUGUUUGCAUUUAAGAUACUAUAUAGUCAGUUAGUUGUAUGUCGGCCAUUCAUUGCUGUGGUAUUACUGUGCUAUAGAAGAGAAAGCUUAUAGACACAUUUCCCGGCACAUUUCCCAGAAUCAGAAAGCUCUUUGUUUACCUAGCAGUGGAUACAAUCACAUGCAACUUCAAAUGCAGCUCAUGAAAGUUAACAAACACGUAAUCAAAUGGUUAUCGACUACAACAUCGCAGAUGUCAUCAGAGGAUUGAUUACCUAGCAAGCUAGCAAGCCAGCGAAGCAAGGUAAAAUAUCACAAAUGGAGCUAGAUAAAGCCAGAAGAAUAUUAUACUUGUUGAACAUAGCUAUAGCCAUCAGUCUUGCAUGUUUUCAUGGUCAUCACUCACUCACUGUUAAGUUUGUCAAGGUUCCGACUUUAGCGUUAGCUAUCCUUCUACAGAGCUUUUUGGUCGGGGGAUGCGUGCGCAUCACUCGAAAGUGAUGUUGCCUCUCCUCUCCUCUCUCCUCUCCCGAAGGACUCAGAAGACCAGGAGGCUCUGGUGUUGAAUGGGUCUAAACAUCCUAAACAUCGCCCUCUGCUUGUCUCCUUCGCCCUGGAGGAGUUUGAGUUUCCCUCCAGCGUCUGUUUAGAAGAGAUGCCCCUCUUCCCCCAGUGGCACCUACCCCUCAAACUGAUGGCCAUCUUGAUGGCGCUGACCUUCCUGUACACCUUUAUGAGGGAUGUGCUGCAGCCCUUUGUGUCUCAGAGCAGGAGUGACUUCUAUAAGAUCCCUAUACUGGUGAUGAAUAAGACCCUGCCAUGGACGGCCAUAUCUCUGCUUGCUCUGGUCUAUCUGCCUGGGCUACUGGCUGCCCUGCUACAGCUGCACAGAGGUAGGCUACAUGCAUACACAUACUGUAUGUAUGGAGGCAGGUACACACACACAUGCACACACACACAGACACACACACACAUGCAGGCAAGCACAUACAUAUACAUACUCCUAAGUAUGCUCAAAGUCCUACACUUAAAUUUGCCCAUUACUAUGUGCUACACAUGAUGCUUUUCCUUUGAGACUUACAGUGGGGAAAAAAAGUAUUUAGUCAGCCACCAAUUGUGCAAGUUCUCCCACUUAAAAAGAUGAGAGAGGCCUGUAAUUUUCAUCAUAGGUACACGUCAACUAUGACAGACAAAAUGAGAAAAAAAAAUCCAGAAAAUCACAUUGUAGGAUUUUUUAUGAAUUUAUUUGCUAAUUAUGGUGGAAAAUAAGUAUUUGGUUAAUAACAAAAGUUUCUCAAUACUUUGUUAUAUACCCUUUGUUGGCAAUGACACAGGUCAAAUGUUUUCUGUAAGUCUUCACAAGGUUUUCACACACUGUUGCUGGUAUUUUGGCCCAUUCCUCCAUGCAGAUCGCUGGGCAACACAGACUUUCAACUCCCUCCAAAUAUUUUCUAUGGGGUUGAGAUCUGGAGACUGGCUAGGCCACUCCAGGACCUUGAAAUGCUUCUUACGAAGCCACUCCUUCGUUGCCCGGGCGGUGUGUUUGGGAUCAUUGUCAUGCUGAAAGACCGUGGAGCCCCAGAUCGAGGGAGAUUAUCAGUGGUCUUGUAUGUCUUCCAUUUCCUAAUAAUUGCUCCCGCAGUUGAUUUCUUCAAACCAAGCUGCUUACCUAUUGCAGAUUCAGUCUUCCCAGCCUGGUGCAGGUCUACAAUUUUGUUUCUGGUGUCCUUUGACAGCUCUUUGGUCUUGGCCAUAGUGGAGUUUGGAGUGUGACUGUUUGAGGUUGUGGACAGGUGUCUUUUAUACUGAUAACAAGUUCAAACAGGUGCCAUUAAUACAGGUAACGAGUGGAGGACAGAGGAGCCUCUUAAAGAAGAAGUUACAGGUCUGUGAGAGCCAGAAAUCUUGCUUGUUUGUAGGUGACCAAAUACUUAUUUUCCACCAUAAUUUGCAAAUAAAUUCAUUAAAAAUCCUACAAUGUGAUGUUCUGGAUUUUUUCUUCUCAAUUUGUCUGUCAUAGUUGACGUGUACCUAUGAUGAAAAUUACAGGCCCUCUCAUCUUUUUAAGUGGGAGAACUUGCACAAUUGGUGGCUGACUAAAUACUUUUUUUCCCCACUGUAAGGCGUCCGCAUGCUUCCCAGCCGAAACAGUUUGGAACAGUUUGUGCAUAUAUUAUGACGACAUUUUGUGACGUUUUUGUUCGUUUUGGACUUUUUUCGGAUAUUCGGGCACACAACAUGUUUUCUGGAGGCAAGCCGAAGUCGGUAGCCGAUGUCAGUAGCCGAAGUCUACGCCUCUUCAUCGAUGAUUGGUCAACAGUAGAGAUUCUUCAAUAACGUCUUAGUUGUCAUUCCACGAGAGACGACUCGUUUUCAUGCACAUUCUGUCGUUGACAAAUACUGCACCAAACAUCUUAGUAGAUGUAAAAUUGCGCGACUAAGAUCUCCUCGGCAAAAACGUUCAAUUUAAUGACAGAUUUUCUGAGUUAUCUUAGAUUCAUUCUGACUGUUUUGAGGAAUAGUCUGGCUACGGCUUCUCAAAAUGGACAAACAAUACUAUUGCUGCUUUUUUCUCGUUUUGCAAGCGAAGGUCUUUUAAGGGAGUAUGCGAGCACACUUGUUCAGUUCGCCUAGCCGACUUCGGCUAGCCGCCAGCCGAACUGAAGCAUGCUGACGCCUUUACCUCCACACCAGUGGGCCGCCAGUGUUUUAUGUUAAUGUUAGCUCUAGUGUUAUUAUAUCAGGAGUGUGACACUAAAUACUUGUGGCGAGCAGGAUCAACAACCUCUGCAUCAUUCAAGACUGUUGGUUUGUGAGGUGUUAAAAUUCACACAGCCAUUUUUAUGUAAAUAGCAUCUGAAAAUUUCAAAUCAAAGUUUAUUGGUCGUAUACACAGAAUUGCAGAUGUUAUCACAGGUGCAGCUAAAUGCUUGUGUUUCUAGCUCCAACAGUACAGUAAUACCUAUAAAUACAUUUUUAUUUAACACAAUACACACAUCAUCCAGAAAAAGAAAAAAUAAUAAAGAAAUAUCAGAACGUGCAUUUACAUUCAUCUAGCACACUUUUUCAUAUUUUGUUUUUACUGGUACCCCAUGGGAAUCGAACCCACAACCCUGGCGUUAUAAGUGCCGUGCUCUACCAACCACACGGGAUGUUAGAGAAGUUAGAUAGAUGGAAACGGAACAUUUAAAAAGUGAAUCCUCAAUGGAAAAGCGCGAUUAGGCCUACUACCACAAACAGUACAAUUUGAAAUGUCAUUGGAGUGCACAUUUGUACACAUACUUCCACAAACACACACUGACAUGAAAUCAGUGCAGUGAGACACACAGUUUGCAUAAGCGCAGUUGGAGUGGAUUUAUUUACUUAUUUAUUUAAGUUUAGAGAAUAAAUGAAAUCCUAUUUAUAGUUGUUAUGAAUUAGCCAGAGGUUGUUUUUCCCUGCAGGAAGGUCUACUCUUGUCUGCCUGGCAGAAGAACCUCAAGAAAUUAUGUGUCAUUGUGUCAACACCAACACCCUAGUCAAAUAAAUGCUCCAGUUUGACCUUACUACCCCCCCCCCCCCCCCGCUCCUCUCCUUGUCUGACCCUUCCCCUCAAUCUCCCCUCCCCCUCUUCAUCUCUCCCGCCCCCUCUUCAUCUCUCUCUCUGUUCAGUCCCUACUCAUAAGGGUAAUUGGAGCCUUGCAGUGUAUAAAUAUAGGUUGAGGUUUCCUCAGUGCAAUGCAAUUGUAGGGGGUUGAAAAUAUGCAGCCAGCCACAAUGGAAGCAAGCUUCAUCAGGUUCACAAAUAGAUAGGAUAGGAUAACACAUAGGAUUUUUGGGGCUGGGUUUCCCUACAAUAAAGGUCAAUGGAUCAUAUGAAAAGUACUGAAGUUAGUCUAUAUUAGGGUUCCACUGACAGCCAGACAGCCAGGAUGUGGCAACAUAGUGUCAAACCAGAACAUUUGUUUGACUAGGAUGUUGUUGUUGACACGAUGACACACACUAUCGUGAGGUUCUUCUGCCAGGCAGACGAGAUGUAGAUCCACCAUGUAAAAAUGACUUUCCCAGCUCUCUCUCUCUCUGUCUCUCUGUCUCUCUGUCUCUCUGUCUGUCUGUCUGUCUGUCUGUCUGUCUGUCUGUCUGUCUGUCUGUCUGUCUGUCUGUCUGUCUGUCUGUCUGUCUGUCUGUCUGUCUGUCUGUCUGUCUGUCUGUCUGUCUGUCUGUCUGUCUGUCUGUCUGUCUGUCUGUCUGUCUGCCUGUCUGUCUGUCUGUGUCUCUCUCUCUCUCUCUCUCUCUCUCUCUCUCUCUUAGGUACCAAGUACAGCAGUUUCCCAGGCUGGUUGGAGAGGUGGAUGUCUAUGAGGAAACAGCUGGGCCUGCUAGCCUUCUUCCUAGCAGCACUCCAUGCUAUCUACAGCCUCUGUUACCCUAUGAGACGCUCCUACAGAUACAAGCUGCUCAACUGGGCUUACCAACAGGUAGAUGGCUACUGGCUAGACCAGGCUUGUAUAAAACAUUUUGUAUAACUGUUGAUACGCAUUUUAUACUAUGAUGAACAGAAGGCUGCUUAUUUCAUCAAUAUGGUGUAUAUUCAAUCAAACUCAAUCAAUCAAAUGUAUUUUUAUAAAGCCCUUUUCAUAUCAACAAUUGUCACGAAGUGCUUAUACAGAUACCCAGCCUAAAACCCCAAAGAGCAAGCAAUGCAGAUGUAGAUGCACAGUUGCUAGGAAAAACUCCCUAGAAAGGCAGGAGCUAAGCAGAAACCUAGAGAGGGACCAGGUUCCAAGGGGUGGCCAGUCCUCUUCUGGCUGUGCUGGGUAGAGAUUAUAAGAGUACAUGACCAUUUAAGGUUAGAUCGUUCCUCAAGAUGUUCAAACAUUCAUAGAUGACCAGCAAGGUCAAAUAAUAAUCACAGUAGUUAUAGAGGGUGCAACAGGUCAGCACCUCAGGAGUAAAUGUCAGUUGGCUUUUCAUAGCCAAGCAUUCAGAGGUCGAGACAGCAGGUGCAAUAGAGAAAUAGGGAGAUAGUGAGAGAGAGAGCGAAAGAGAGAGAGAUAGGGUUGUAUAUUGGUAUAUCAUUUCAUGACAGGGUAAACCAAUUCUUAGGUGACAAAUUAUGGUGCCAGGUUUCUGUUGGCGUUGAGGUGGGAGCGUUUUGUUAUGUGCUGUAUGCCGGCCAGCAUAAACAGAACCACCUGAUCGUUGUGUACUUUUCUCAGUAUGGAAUCUAAUGUGAAUAUGAAGAAUAAUAACAGCUAUUAUUGAAAGCCAACUUUAUAUUGACUCUGUUGCCCAUCCCAAUACGCCAGUUCUCAAUCAGGCAUUGUUGUCAGAUGUGACUUUGAUAUGUGUAUGUGAAAUGCUUAUUUGAUAAAUAUGGCGUAUAUUCAAUCAAUCAAAUGUAUUUUAUAAGGCCCUUUUUACAUCAGCAGUUGUAACAAAGUGCUUAUACAGAUACCCAGCCUAAAACCCCAAAGCGCAAGCAAUGCAUAUGUAUGGUGGCUGGGAAAAACUCCCUAGAAAGGCAGGAACCUCGAGAGGAACCAGGCUAUACGGUGUCAGAGGAAGGCCCUAAAAAUUGUCAAAGACUCAAGCCACCCAAGUCAUAGACUGUUCUCUCUGCUACCGCACGACAAGAGUUACCGAUGCACCAAGUCUGGAACCAACAGGACCCUGAACAGCUUCUACCCCCAAGCCAUAAGACUGCCAAAUAGUUAGUCAAAUAGGUAACCAAAUAGCUACCCAGACCAUCUGCAUUGACCAACUCUUUUGACUCAUCACAUAUGCUGCUGCUACUGUUAAUUAUCUAUCCUGUUGACUAGUCACUUUACCCCUACCUGUAUGUACAUUAUCUACCUCAAUUACCUCGUACCCAUGCACAUCGACUGGUACACCAUGUAUAUAGCCAAGAUUACGGGAAACUUCCAACUAGGAUUUUUUUUUUUUACUGGGAAUUUUGGGAAAGUUACUGGAAUUUUGCAACCUUAACCAUAUUAUAAUAUAAUUGUAAUUGUCUAUCUCUCCAUCAGGUCCAGCAGAACCAGGAGGACUCAUGGGUGGCAGAUGACGUGUGGCGUAUGGAGAUCUAUGUCUCCCUGGGUAUCAUGGGUCUGGGUCUGCUGGCUUUAUUAGCUAUCUCCUCUCUUCCCUCCAUUUCUGAUGCCCUCAACUGGAGAGAGUUCACCUGGGUGCAGGUAUCUAUCUGACCCUGAAAAAAUAUUAUUUUCUGUCUGACUGUCCGUAUGUCCUUCCAUUCAGCUGUCUGUCUGCGUGUCUCUCGAUGAUUUAAGUGGUCAGUGUUUCCUCUCCAGCAUCUACAGUUGAAGUCGGAAGUUUACAUACACUUAGGUUGGAGUCAUUAAAACUUGUUUUUCAACCACUCCACACAUUUCUUGUUAACAAACUAUCGUUUUGGCAAGUCGGUUAGGACAUCUACUUUGUGCAUGACACAAGUAAUUUUUCCAACAAUUGUUUACAGACAGUUUAUUUCACUUAUAAUUCACUGUAUCACAAUUUAAAUUGACUGUGCCUUUAAACAGCUUGGAAAAUUCCAGGAAAUGAUGUCAUGGCUUUAGAAGCUUCUGAUAGGCUAAUUGACAUCAUUUGAGUCAAUUGGAGGUGUACAUGUGGAUGUAUUUCAAGGCCUACCUUCAAACUCAGUGCCUCUUUGCUUGACAUCAUGGGAAAAUCAAAAGAAAUCAGCCAAGACCUCAGAAAAAAAAUGGUAGACCUCCACAAGUCUGGUUCAUCCUUGGGAGCAAUUUCCAAACGCAUGAAGGUACCACGCUCAUCUGUAUAAUCAAUAGUACGCAAGUAUAAACACCAUGGGACCACGCAGCCGUCAUACCGCUCAGGAAGGAGACGCGUUCUGUCUCCUAGAGAUUAACGUACUUUGGUGCAAAAAGUGCAAAUCAAUCCCAGAACAACAGCAAAGGACCUUGUGAAGAUGGUGGAGGAAACAGGUACAAAAGUAUCUAUAUCCACAGUAAAACGAGUCCUAUAUCGACAUAACCUGAAAGGCCGCUCAGCAAGGAAGAAGCCACUGCUCCAAAACCGCCAUACAAAAGCCAGACUAUGGUUUGCAACUGCACAUGGGGACAAAGAUCGUACAUUUUGGAGAAAUGUCCUCUGGUCUGAUGAAACUAAAAUAGAACUGUUUGGCCAUAAUGACCAUCGUUAUGUUUGGAGGAAAAAGGUGGUACCUUGCAAGCUGAAGAACACCAUCCCAACCGUGAAGCACGGGGGUGGCAGCAUCAUGCUGUGGGGGUGCUUUGCUGCAGGAGGGACUGGUGGACUUCACAAAAUAGAUGGCAUCAUGAGGAAGGAAAAUUAUGUGGAUAUAUUGAAGCAACAUCCCAAGACAUCAGUCAGGAAGUUAAAGCUUGGUCGCAAAUGCGUCUUCCAAAUGGACAAUGACCCCAAGCAUACUUCCAAAGUUGUGGCAAAAUGGCUUAAGGACAACAAAGUCAAGGUAUUGGAGUGGCCAUCACAAAGCCCUGACCUCAGUCCUAUAGAAAAUGUGUAGGCAGAACUGAAAAAGUGUGUGAGAGCAAGGAGGCCUACAAACCUGACUAAGUUACACCAGCUCUGUCAGGAGGAAGGGGUCAAAAUUCACCCAACUUAUUGUGGGAAGCUUGUGGAAGGCUACCCAAAAUGUUUGACCCAAGUUAAACAAUUUAAAGGCAAUGCUACCAUAUACUAAUUGAGUGUAUGUAAACUUCUGACCCACUGGGAAUGUGAUGAAAUAAAUAAAAGCUGAAAUAAAUAAUUCUCUCUACUAUUAUUCAGACAUUUCACAUUCUUAAAAUAAAGUGGUGAUCCUAACUGACCUAAGACAGGGAAUUUUUACUAGGAUUAAAUGUCAGGAAUUGUGAAAAACUUAGUUUAAAUGUAUUUGGCUAAGGUGUAUGUAAACUUCCGACUUCAUCUGUAUUUAUCUCUAUUUGUGUCAAUGACCCUGAAUUUCACUGGCAGUCUGUCUGCUUGGCAGUACUUGUGGAACUUAGUAGCUGUUGACAGGCCUCCUUAUUGUUUACCUAUCUUCUGGUCCUUCCGUCCUGCAGAGGAGUCUGGGAUAUGCGGCCCUGGUCCUGUGUAUGGCCCAUGCUCUGGUCUACGGGUGGAGGAAGUGGGUUGAGCCUAAGCACUACGUGUGGUACACCCCUCCAUCCUUCAUCCUGGCCUCGCUCCUCCCAGCCACCGUCCUAUUGGUCAAGGCCGUGCUGCUGCUGCCUUGCCUGGACCGGAGGCUGGGGCAGAUUCGUCGAGGAUGGGAGAGGCCCCGCCCCCCAAGGGGAAGGGGAGUGACUGAAAAAUGACACAGCAGUGACGAUUGAUAAAUUGUUUCAAUUAUGGGAUAAGACCGGAAGCUUGGUCUCUGGAACUCAAGGAUAAUCGGUGCUGGUUGAUGGACAACAUAAAGUGGCCACUGCACAGUUCCACUCUUCUGCAUAUUAUACAGAUAUCUGUUUCACUUCCUGAUUAUAGAGGUGACAGACUCUGUAGUCUAUACACAGUGUGUUUACUGAAUUGAUGUCCUGAGAGCGUAGCCUGGUUAAGCAGACUGACUUCUGCGCUCAUGUUUUGUUUCACUGAGAUAUUGCAGGAUCAGACAAGGCUACUGAGAAUGCUCAGCUCAGUUGAAGGUUAAAGAAAAACGAAGGACCAUCUUGUGGCAUGUUUGCACCCAGUCAGGGAAACAUGGAGAAACCAAAGCCUGCUCCUCUUAGACAAAAGUUCUAUAAGUAAGUAGUUAGUGCAUAGUAAUGUUAUUUAAUGUCAAACUGUAGACAAUGUAAAAUG